AUGGCAGAGUAUUUUUAUUGCAGAUUCAUUGGAGAUUAUGGAAAACUUGUGAUUCCUUUCACCUUCAAAAAGGAUAUUCGGAACACUAAUCCCUUUUCCCCGUCAUUGCGUGAAAGAACAAAGCGGAUCGCAAAGGAGUUGGCGUCGAUGCCUAACGCUCUUCCCCUGAAUGCAAGUAACAGUAUUUUUAUUUGCGUUGACGAAGGAAGGUGCGAUAUCAUUAAGGUGUUGAUUUCUGGUCCAGACGAUACACCUUACGCCAACGGCCUGUUCGAGUUCGAUGUAUUCUUCCCAACAAGCUAUCCUUACGCUCCUCCGAAAUGUGCCUUUCUGACGACUGGUGCGGGCAAUGUCAGGUUCAAUCCCAAUCUUUACAAUGAUGGAAAAAUCUGUCUGUCAAUACUCGGUACUUGGGAAGGACGACCUGAAGAAAAAUGGAACUCAUACUGCUCACUGAUGCAAGUGCUGAUUAGCAUCCAGGGGCUCAUUUUCGUGAAAGAGCCAUACUUCAACGAACCUGGAUUCGAGAAAUAUCAGGGAACUGAGAAAGGUGACGACUGUUCGAAGAAAUACAAUCUUCAAGUUGAACAUGCGACUCUUAACUACGCUAUCAGAGCUCAACUUGAAAAUCCGCCAGAGUAUUUUAAGAAUGUUAUACAACGGCAUUUCUGGCUAAAGAGGCAUGCAAUCAUCGAACAGGCGAAAAACUGGAUGACAGAAAUGAGAAAAGAUGCGAAUGAAAGUGAGCGUUCUCCGAAACGCAGAGAAGUUCCUUCCUUCGAAUCCCUGUAUAACCCCUAUCAUCAGUUAAGUGCUUAA